AUGGACAUGCCUCCUACACAGCCAGCAGCAAUUAUUCCUUGGAGAGAGCCACCAGAUGAUAUGGUAGGACAUUUGCCCCCAACAGCGGCAAGUCAACCUGGAGUUAACUCUUCAGUGACUCCGACAUCAUGCACCACCAUCAUCUCUGUCGAUCCCGUUCCUCCGGGGUCUCCCCCCAGAGGCAACCAUCAUAACGGGGGUACGCCCAAUUCUAACAUGUCUGAGAACAAUAACAACAAACAACAAAUUGAGUGUGUUGUCUGCGGGGACAAAAGCUCGGGAAAACACUACGGACAGUUCACCUGUGAGGGGUGCAAAAGUUUCUUUAAGCGCAGCGUUAGAAGGAACUUGACCUACACCUGCCGAGGCAGUCGAAACUGCCCAAUUGACCAGCACCAUCGCAAUCAGUGCCAGUAUUGUCGACUGAAAAAAUGCCUCAAGUCCGGCAUGCGGAGGGAAGGUAGGUGGGAGACAGCUGUACAGAGAGGUCGAAUCCCGCCAAGCCAGCAUCCGUUCCACGCGCAGAUGGCCUUCCACAACGGUGACCCAUUAAACGGACACACCUACCUGUCUAGUUUUAUCUCCAUGCUUCUUCGGGCAGAGCCUUAUCCCACGUCCAGGUACGGCAAUUGCAUGCAGCAGCCGAAUAUUAUGGGCAUCGAAAACAUCUGCGAGCUGGCUGCCCGACUGCUGUUUUCCGCUGUGGAAUGGGCCAGGAAUAUACCGUUCUUCCCUGAACUGCAAGUCACCGAUCAGGUGGCGCUUCUCCGACUGGGCUGGUCCGAACUGUUUGUGCUCAACGCUGCUCAGUGUUCAAUGCCGCUUCAUGUGGCCCCUUUGCUGGCCGCUGCAGGUCUGCACGCAUCUCCCAUGGCAGCAGAACGAGUGGUGGCUUUCAUGGACCACAUACGAAUUUUUCAAGAACAAGUAGAGAAGCUCAAGGCGUUGCACGUAGAUUCAGCUGAGUACAGUUGUCUCAAGGCUAUUGCUCUUUUCUCCUCUG